UAAAUUACUCCUAAAAAAAGAAAAGGUAGCAUUUGGAUAAUAAAACCCUGUGGGCUGUGGUGCAUUUGUACCAAAAACAAUGGCUACUUCUUCAAUUUCUGCUACAUUAUCUCCUCUCACUCUUCGCAGUACAUCUUCUACCUCUACCAAACAUGAUUUCUCCACUCCCUCUCUUUUGAAUUUCAGAAGAACCCUAACUGUCUCCCAAACCUUGGCAAACUCUUCGAAUUUCACAACUUUUGCUGCUCCUCAAGCUUUGGAGACUGUUCCUGAAUCAUUUCAGAUUCCCACUUCAAUAUUUUUUUCUUUCUCAAAUCCAAAAAGUCCAAAAAGUUUACGAAAAUGGUGGAAACGGCUCACUAUAACGCAUUCACAUGCCGACGAAGCUACUUCUGCUGCAAAUUGGGCUAUUGAACCUGUUAAUGAUGCUGACGCAUCCCUUGCAGUAAAGAAGAAGGCAACAGAUAUAUCUGCAAACCUGAAAGGAACGUCAAUAUUUCUCAUAGGUAUGAACAGUUCGAUGAAAACAAGUGUAGGCAAGCUUAUAGCAGAUGUGUUACGAUAUUACUACUUUGAUAGUGAUAGUUUGGUUGAAGAGGCUGCUGGUGAGGAUUCUUCUGGUAGAUCUUUUAAAGACAGGGAUGAAGAUGGUUUUCAUGAAUCGGAGACUGAAGUGUUGAAGCAAUUAUCAUCAUUGGGCCGACUGGUAGUAAAUGCUGGAAAUGGUGCAGUUCAGAGUAGAACUAAUUUAGCACUGCUACGACACGGAAUUUCAGUAUGGAUAGAUGUUCCUUUAGACAUGAUAGCUAAAGAUUUCAUACAAGACGAUCAAGAUUUUACUCCAGAUUCCUCCUCUGAGGAAUUGGACAAGUUAGUUGUGCUGUACGAGGAAAACAGAGAAGGAUAUGCAACAGCUGAUGCAACUAUCUCACUUCAGACGGUGGCUACCAAGCUUGCCUAUGAUGAGUUUGAACAAGUGACUCCUCAAGACAUGGCCCUUGAGGUUUUGAAGCAGAUAGAAAAGCUUACGAGACUAAAGAAGAUGAUGGAAGAAGCAGGAAGACCUUUUUAAUUGUCAUAAUCUGAUGUAUAUUUGGUAAAUUGUGGAGUAUUAAUAUUAAUAAUCACAAUGUGAAUGGAGUAUUAGGAUAUAGAAUUAUAGACCAACUAUUUGAGUACAAUUGAGAUAGGUUGCUUGCAGUCUAGAGAGACCACAUUUUCUAUUUCCUGACAUUAGUCUAAUUUCUUGAUUAAUUUGGCACCUCAUUUUCUGCAUCUUUGUGCCAACUGCCAAGCAUAGGAAUUAGGAUAUUGUUCUUCCCUCUCAAAAAAGCUACUCAUGUCUGUUACAUUUUUUAUUCUGUCUUUCAAUAUAAGUUUUGUACUUUGCUUCUUGA